GUUUGGGAGUCGGAUGUCUAGGGUUCAACACCAGUUGUUCCCCAGGCCUUUGCCCAACUUGAGGUCUAAGUAUCAGCGGGAUGUUCCCUCGCACACGCAUACAUCUCGGACACCCCAGUGUGUUAGGGAAGCGGACAGAUUUGAAGAAGUUGACGGACCUGGGUGUUUGACUUAAUUCUUAAAGGGAUAAGGGUACCGUAGCGGUGGAGAUAGAGGUCCCCAGUUGGGCUUUUGGAAACGGGAUCUCGCGCCCUGCCGCGGGGGAGAUAACUUUCCGAUCUUUAAAGCACCGAAAGGAGGAAAACAAACCAAGAUCCGUCCAGCCAACUAGGCUAGGGGACUUGGAAAGGUAACUGCGUUCAGGGUGCUGGGGGCGGGGGUGGUGCAAACAGGUCGAGGUUCAGUUUGGGAGUUAGCGUAGAAAGCAAGAGGGUAUCCUACGUAGUGUGUUCUAAGGGACUGAGAAGGAACAUUGUCACAGCUGAUCUCAAAUAUGACUCUCACCCUGAAAUAAAUGAAAACCGAGGAGGGGAAAAACUAGGCAAACGGGAAAGUAGAAAGGGAGGCGAAUGGGUGGCGGGGUGGCGGGGUGGCGGGGCGGCGGGGGUAGGGAGGAAUCGGCCCAAGCCAGUGGCGCAAAAGAGGAUGACGUCUCAGCCAAUGGAUAGCCAGCGCGGGACUUUCAAGUAUUGUCCCGCCCAACUGGGAAAAGACUGCCUAUAAAGACUGCUGCAGCGGCCGCACCCCUGGUUACUCUUCCUGCGCGGCGCUGGUCCCGUAAGUUCGCCUCUUGGUUCGCUAUGGCUCGUACAAAGCAGACUGCCCGCAAGUCGACCGGUGGCAAGGCCCCGCGGAAGCAGCUGGCCACCAAGGCGGCUCGCAAGAGCGCGCCGGCCACGGGCGGCGUCAAGAAGCCGCAUCGCUACCGGCCAGGUACCGUGGCCCUGCGGGAGAUCCGGCGCUACCAGAAGUCGACCGAGCUGCUGAUCCGCAAGCUGCCGUUCCAGCGGCUGGUGCGCGAGAUCGCGCAGGACUUUAAGACCGAUCUGCGCUUCCAGAGCUCGGCCGUGAUGGCGCUGCAGGAGGCGAGCGAGGCCUACCUGGUGGGGCUGUUUGAAGACACGAACCUGUGCGCCAUCCACGCCAAGCGCGUGACCAUCAUGCCCAAAGACAUCCAGCUGGCUCGCCGCAUCCGCGGGGAGCGGGCUUAAGAAGUGUGCGCUGUGCUCGAGGUUCCAUCAAAUCCAAAGGCUCUUUUCAGAGCCACCCACGACUACACUUGAAAGAAGCUGUGUCACUUGUCCACGCUCUUUAGGCAGGCGUUCGCAUACUCCGGGAGUGUAGGGCGCGCUCAAGACGGGAGGACCUUAGAGCGCGCAAAGCUCUGGACUCCCAACAGACAUAAGCUAAAGGCCAGUUAUCCACUCUAAACCCUUGCUCGCUGCUGCCUUCCCAGAUGUCAGUAACUUAAGAGUUGGGUCAGUGUGCUUGUCUGGGCUGGCGGGUUGCCGCUGCUUCCCUGGGCGCCCUAGAACGUCCAAGUUCGCCGCUUAGAGGUGGCCAGAUUUCCUUCUGGCAGGCCCUUCCACGCUCCGGGAGGGGAAGGCGCGCUAGGGACGGGAGGACACUAGAGUGCGCAAAACACGACUCCCAACACAAAGGCUAAAGGCCAUGUAACCGGUUUAAGCCCCUGCUUGCUGGCCGUCUUCCGGAGUGUCAAGUGCCUAUCUGAACUGGCGAGGCUGCCGCUGCUUUCUUGGGCGCGGC